CUUACACGUUUCAAGAUUUCUUUGGUCCAUCCAUCGUGUUGCCCUGUGCUGCUAAGGAGUCUGGGGCACUCUUUAAUUCUUUCCAAAAACAGUAAUUGGGAAGAAACUACCAUAUACUUUGUUUCCAGCCUCCUUUCGUUCCUCGCGUACCACGUCCCUUUUUUACAUUAUUACACUCCACUUUGUUUCCAGUACAUCAACAAAUCAAUUCGGCUGCGACGUACAUCCCUUCUUUUCUUGCUACCAAUUCUAAUUUAAUACGCCAUGGCCAUUAGUCAGUGGGCUCACACGGUGGCUCAAUUCGACGCGUUCCCAAAAGUAGAUGCUGACAAUCAAGCUCGUAGUGAAAAAGGUGGAUUGCUCACCAUUUUACUUGCAUGCUUCCUCGCUUUGCUGUCUCUCAGCGAGUUUUCUGAGUACCGUACACUGCACAACAACUAUCGCUUUAUAGUCGAUCCAACAAUAGAGACCAGCAUGCAAAUCAAUAUGGAUUUAACGGUCGCUAUGCCGUGUCCAGUUUUGCUUGUCCAUGUCUAUGAUGCUUCAGGGUAUCGGAUUCAUUUAACAGAGAAUUUACGCCUGGUGCCAGCACAAUUUUCUACGAACCGUGCUGACCAGGAAAAGACGCAAGAUGCAAGAUAUAUGCAGGAAGUGAUCAAGGCAGCAACUGGCAAACCAUACGACGAAAAGAUCGCUGCCGAAAUGGGUGCCUGCCGUAUCUUUGGAUCGAUCCAUGCAAACAAAGUAGCAGCGAACUUACACAUCACAUCACUCGGUCACGGAUACCAGAGCCACACACACACUGAUCAUAAAUUAUUGAACUUCACUCAUCGAAUUGACCAAUUUUCAUUCGGCAAGCAGUACCCCGACCUUGUAAACCCGCUCGACAAUAGUGUUGAAAUUACAGAAGCACAUUUCGAAGUGUUCCAGUAUAUCUUGUCGAUUGUACCUACAACGUACAUUGACAGCAGCAAGAAUGUAUUAUUGACGAAUCAAUACGCUGUGACGGAUUCUCACAAGGCGGUUUCUGAUCACCAAGCGAUCAAUAUAGUUCCCGGUAUCUUUUUCAAGUAUGAUAUUGAACCGAUCUCUGUGCAAAUAACAGAAAGUCGACAAUCGUUUACACAUUUCUUGGUUCGCCUCUGUGGCAUCAUUGGUGGUUCGGUCGUCACUGUUGGCUUCAUCUAUCGGUCGAUUAAAUUUGUUCUCACGGGUGGAAAAGAAGAUCCUAACCUUUAUGCGCCCACACAUAACCUUAUGCGCAGUGUAUAAAUAAAAAGAGAAAAUGGAGUAUAUCAUCAUCAUCCACAUAUCAUCAUGAAACGACGGAAAAGAACAAAAAGGCUUUAAGAGGUAUCGUUUCAGAUGAGUCAUAGAAG